GCAAUAAAUUUGAGAAGCAGAGAAGCUCGAAUUUGCUUUUCUCAAAUGUCACGUUUCGAAAUGUGUCAAAUGUUUUGAUUGUACGUAUACAUCACAUUGUAUGGACACUCAUAUGUGAUAUGCUUUUACGUAUCAAGGACUAGCCGGUGGUUGAUUGCCAAGAAUUACGACGAAACAUGUCAUCAGAAGAGGAAGAUGAUGAAUUACAAGAUUUAGAGGAGAUACGAGAUAAAAUUCUUAGUACACCACGUAGUGAACGUAUGCAAGUGAGCGCCUGGGAAGACGACGAUGAUGGUGUGGAACCGGAGCGUAAUGCAAGAGGUGAUGCGAAAGCUAUGUUGAGUGCUGCCGAAGAGGGAAAUCUAGAAGAAAUUAAGAAACUAGUAAACAAGAAUCGCCUCUUGCUGGAAUGUACUGAUAAGGAUGGUUAUACUCCACUUCAUAGAGCAUGUUACGGCAAUAACAUAGAAGUAGUAGAGUAUCUACUAGAAGCAGGAGCAAAAAUAGAUGCUAAAACUCAGGAUGAAUGGCAGCCUUUGCAUUCUGCGUGCUGUUGGAACAAUGUGGAAUGUGCUGAAGCAUUGAUCGGAAAUGGAGCAGAUAUAAACGCUAAAAGUAAAGGAGAUCAAACACCUUUACAUCUGGUUUCCGCUACUUCUCACAAUUCCCCUGCUCUUCAGCUUCUUCUGUUACAUGCGGAUACAAACCCACACAUAGUAAACUCCAGUGGAGAUACUGCAGAUCAGAUUGCAAGAAGAACAACUAAGUACUACCCUAUGUUUGAAAUAAUUGAAUCUUGUUUGAAUGAGAUUUGAAAUAAGCAAUUACAUAAUCAGAAUGAGGUUAAAUUAACGAAUUUUGGAGUACCGUUACUGAGACGCUUAGAUCCCUCCCAAAUUAAAACAGUGGAGUCUUCUGUGACUGCAUAUAAAUGGUGUUGAUCCAGGGACCAUACUACAGCGAUUAUUGCACAACAAUUUUUCACGUUAGUCGAAAUUUCUCUAACUAACUGCAAAUCCCAACUGCUCCAUAAUCUGCGUUCAAAAAUACUUUCGUUUGAUAAUUGUUCUCAUAGAUUUAACAAAAUACAAUACAUGCAUACCUUAUUAUCCCGUUGUCUAAACCAGUUGCAAUAACAUUGACAGAAACACCUUCCGGCGCGCUGCUGUAACAAAGCGCUGUUACACGUCUUUUGGAUGAAAUGGAGCCUACAGCUCUUGCAUUUAUAGUAUAAACUCUCAACUCGGAUCGAUCGGCGGUCACGUUGAGCUCUGACUUAGGAAUCUCAAAAGUAACUGCUACAUCACCGAGUGUUUCACUGAUACACAAGAGAUGUAUAGUAUAACCUUGAUCGCAGACUAUUGACCUCACAUAUGUUAAACUGUUUCAAAAUAAAGAUAUAUAUGUAUAUAAAAAAUA